AUGGAUAUAGAUGAUGAGCCACCAGCAAACUCAGGAGAAACUAUUAGAGAAUGGGCUGAUGAGCGCUCUAAUGGGAAGUUGCAUAUAGAUGAUGAGCCACCAGCAUACUCAGUAGAAACAAUUAGAGAAUGGGCUUAUGAGCGCUAUGAGCCACCAGAAGACUCAGUAGAAACUAUUAGAGAAUGGUCUGAUGAGCGCUCUAAUAGGAAGUUGGAUAUAGAUGAUGAGCCACCACCAGACUCAGUAGAAGCUCUUAGAGAAUGGGCUGAUGAGCGCUCUAAUGAGAGGUUGGAUAAAUAUGAUGAGCCACCAGCAGACUCAGUAGAAACUACUAGAGAAUGGGCUGAUGAGCGCUCUAAUGAGAAGUUGGAUAUAGAUGAUGAGCCACCAGCAGGCUCAGUAGAAACUACUAGAGAAUGGGCUGAUGAGCGCUCUAAUGAGAAGUUGGAUAUAGAUGAUGAGCCGCCAGCAGACUCGGUAGAAACUAUUAGAGAAUGGGCUGAUGAACGCUCUAAUGGGAAGUUGGAUAUAGAUGAUGAGCCACCACCAGGCUCAGUAAAAGCUAUUAGAGAAUGGUCUGAUGAGCGCUCUAAUGAGAAGUUGGAUAAAUAUGAUGAGCCACCAGCAGACUCAGUAGAAACUACUAGGGAAUGGGCUGAUGAGGGCUCUAAUGAGAAGUUGGAUAUAGAUGAUGAGCCACCAGCAGACUCAGUAGAAACUACUAGAAAAUGGGCUGAUGAGCGCUCUAAUGAGGAGUUGGAUAUAGAUGAUGAGCCACCACCAGACUCAGUAGAAACUAUUAGAGAAUGGGCUGAUGAGCGCUCUAAUGGGAAGUUGGAUAUAGAUGAUGAGCCACCAGCAGAUUUACUAGAAACUGUUAGAGACUGGGCGGAUGAGCGUUCUAAUGGGAAGUUGGAUAUAGAUGAUGAGCCAACAGCACACUCAGUAGAAACUAUUAGAGAAUGGGCUGAUGAGCGCUCUAAUGGGAAGUUGGAUAUAGAUGAUGAGCCACCACCAGACUCAGUAGAAACUAUCAGAGAAUGGGCUGAUGAGCGCUCUAAUGGGAAGUUGGAUAUAGAUGAUGAGCUACCACCAAACUCAGUAGAAGCUAUUAGUGACUGGGCUGAUAAGCGCUCUAAUGGGAUGUUGGAUAUAGAUGAUGAGCCACCACCGAACUCAGUAGAAACUAUUACAGAAUGGGCUGAUGAGCGCUCUAAUGGGAAGUUCGAUAUAGAUGAUGAGCCACCAGCAGGCUUACAAGAAACUGUUAGAGACUGGGCGGAUGAGCGUUCUAAUGGGAAGUUGGAUAUAGAUGUUGAGCCAACAGCACACUCAGGAGAAACAAUUAGAGAAUGGGCUGAUGAGCGCUCUAAUGGGAAUUUGGAUAUAGAUGAUGAGCCACCACCAGACUCAGUAGAGGCUAUUAGAGAAUGGGCUGAUGAGCGCUCUAAUGAGAAGUUGGAUAAAUAUGAUGAGCCACCAGCAGAGUCAGUAGAAACUACUAGAGAAUGGGCUGAUGAGCGCUCUAAUGGGAAGAUGGAUAUAGAUGAUGAGCCACCACCAGACUCAGUAGAAGCUAUUAGAGAAUGA